AAAUGAGAUAUCUCGGUGGAUUUUAUCGCCAGGUCAGAUUGAGCAAAAUACACGGGUUUGUAUGACAGAUUUACCUGUGGCCCAACUUUAAAUAGAUUUUUGUUUGUGGACUAAUAUCAGCUGAUGUUAUUGAAGAUAGCAUGUCUGUCUGGAGGGAUAAAGAAAAGAACUAUAUGACUUCAAAUAGUGACCUUUCAAAGCCCACAAGACAAUACCCACUACCUUUGUGGUCUACUGGAUAGAGGUCAGUUAAGUUUGAUCACUGGCUGCAUCAUACCAGAAGAUGUUGAAAAAUGGAUUCCAGAUUGAUCCAUUGUCCACUCGCGGAAUCUCCCUGAUCACCUGUUGAGGAAGUAUUGCCGAGAUACACGGAAGUCUGUCUGGAACAGUCUACUAUGACACUUCAUUAGCGGCGUACUUGUCGACCCAUUCCACGCUCAUUUCACGGAAUCAAUAACGACAAUCAUACUCGACUGCCGACACUGUUUGAUCAUCUCUACACCCAAGUCAAUAGAGUUGGUGGCGCCGUCUAGAUCAGCAUAAUGUGCGGGAGCUGCCAUGAUCAUGAUUACCGGGAUGAGAAGGGGGUUCUGAGCAGUCCAACCCGGAAGCGAGGAUGUACAGACAUGCUGGCACUCUUCGUCUUCUUCCUCUUCUGGGCUGGAAUGAUUUUCAUUGCGGCUUUCUCAAUAACAAAGGGUGACGCCUUCCGCCUGGCCUACGGCUACGACAGUUAUGGGAAUACAUGCGACGAAGAUAACAGAGACAAGGCCAUUCCCAAUAUUAAACAUUCGGGACUUAACUUGAAGGGGAAAUCGUAUGUGUUUUUCAUGGAUGUUGAGCACCCCAAGGCGUCAAUGAGGAUAUGUGUCAACAAAUGUCCUCAUGAAGACCUAGAUGAUCUGAGACAAGUGGCACACUUCUCCAAGACUACAGGCUCCCAUUUGUGCAGAUACGAUGUCACAAAGGAUGAUUAUGAAAACCUGCAGAGGUUACAGGGUCUUCAGGGCCCCUGCCCAGUGACCCCAGUUAAAAAGAGUGUUCCACUGCUGAAUCGCUGUGUUCCCUCGCCGCUGUACACCCUGCCCCAGGAAGUGCUGGGCAACAUCAUCAACUUCCUGAACAGCAGCGACAAUUUUCAGAAGAUGCUCAGUGACCUCUACAACACCUGGAAGGAGAUGAUUGUGCUGUGCUUCGUUGCCUUCUUUUUUGCCUUGAUAAUGGCGUUGCUGAUCCGAUUCUUUGCGUCAGUAAUUGUCUGGCUGAUCUUGGUGGUCGUCAUCAUAGCAAGCUUAGCGGGUACUGCUUUUCUGUGGUGGACAUACGCAAGUGUGAAAAACAAGCUGGACAAUGACUACAAGCUGAAGAUUCCUCUGUUGGACGUGGAGAUCAGUAGUGAAAACACCUUCCUUACUUUUUCCAUAAUUGCAUCAGUUUUGACAGUGAUCCUGCUGUUGGUGAUCCUGGUGAUGAGGAAGCGCAUCUCGCUGGUGGUGACGCUGUUCCACGAGGCAGGGAAGUGUAUCAGCUCAAUGCCCUGUCUCCUGGCACAGCCCAUCUGGACAUUCUUCAUCCUCCUCAUCUUCUUUGUCUACUGGGUCAUAGUGCUCAUAUAUCUGGCGACAGCAGAAAAAGUUUCAAUAAACAAGAGCACACAGUUCGUGGAGUACAUUGAACAUGAAAACGUGUCGUAUUUCUGGUGGUACCACGUGAUCGGGCUGCUGUGGACGAGCGAGUUUAUCAUUGCUUGUCAGCAGCUUGUUAUCUCCGGAGCUGUGGCGACUUGGUACUUUACAAGGGACAAAGAGUCUAUAAACUGUGCAAUCUGCGUGUCCAUCGGUCGUCUCGUUAUCUACCACCUUGGCUCCGUGGCGCUGGGGUCGCUCAUCAUCACGCUCAUCAAGCUGCCUAGGAUGAUUCUCAUGUACUUAAAUAAGAAAUUAAAAACUUCAGAGAACAGUUGUGCCCAGUUCUGUAUGAAGUGCUGCAUCUGCUGUCUGUGGUGUGUGGAGAAGUGCCUCAAAUACUUAAAUGCUAAUGCGUACACCCUUGUAGCUAUUAGUGGUAAAAAUUUCUGCAAAUCAGCAAAGAGAGCUUUUAUAAUCUUGGUGAGCAACUCAUUACGAGUGGCAGCCAUCAACAGUAUAGGGGAUUUCAUGCUCUUCCUUGGGAAACUUGGCGUCAUGGGUGCUACAGCUGCUGUUGGAAUAAUGUGGUUGAAGAGCCGCACUGAUCUUCACUUCUUCGCCAUUCCUGUACUGCUUGUUUGUGUAUUUGCAUACUUUGUUGCUCACAGCUUUUUGUCGGUGUAUGAGAUGGUGAUUGAUGCACUGCUGUUGUGUUUCUGUGAAGAUUGUGAUAUGAACGAUGGGUCACCAGAGAGGCCCUUCUUUGCCAGCAAGGAUCUCAUGGUGUACAUCCAAGACAGUAGCAAAGCCUUGAAUGAAUUGACAAAGCGAAAAGGAGGCGAUGAGAUGGAACCUGCGGAGGUGUGACAAUGAUUGACAAUCACUCACAUGCUCAUUUCACAAAGAGAGUGACAUCAUUCUGUCAUCCACAAACAUUGCCACAGUGAUGGCAGUAGUGAAAUAUACAUCAUGGUGCAACAGUAACAUGGACAUCUAUGAAAUAGAUGACAGUGAAAUUAACAUCAAAAUGAACACUCAUUACAUGUCAGUCACAGACAAUGACAUGGUUGAUUUCAACGUUUGUCAUAAUAUGGGAUUUUUAUACAUGUAUUUGCAAGCAUCUGUUAUUUUUCCUGCUUUUUUUCCUUUCAUCAUGGCGCUAUCAACUUUUGUUGACUUUUGAUGUGGAGAAUGUGUGAAUAUUCCACUCAGGAUGUGAUCAAAGGGAGACAACUACAUUCAACCUUUAUCUUGCCUUCCACUAAGAAGCGACAUAGAUUUAAACCUAAUUCAAUCUCUAUGUUUCCAUUAACACUGACAUAAACCUGAAAUCAUGUUUUUAUUUGAUCAUGGUUGUGAUACAUUGAUUGAACCAAAUCUAAAUACGAAUCUAGCUCAUGACUAGAUAGAAUUUAAGAAGUUACAAAACAUUUUCAAAUUGAAUGCUUCCUUCAGUUAUGACAAAGUGCUGUAUAUGUCAUGUUAUCAGUUUCUAUUCUUCAGGCAUGUAGUAGUUUUGAUAUUCAGUUUUAUCAUUAUUCUAUUCCUUUUAUUUAUUUUUAACUUGUUCAUGUUACUCAGUAGUGGUGUUUUUAUGCUAUUAUUGGUAUUUUAUUAAAUAUGAUUUAUGUAAUCGAAUUCUGUUAUCUGGCUUAAAGCCUAGUUUGAAUCAAGACUGCUGGUUUUAAUACUUAUCAAACAUAAUGACACUGUCAAUAAUAACAUGUGGAAGCUGUAUACAGAGCUGUAAACUUUAGAAAACCUUCGUUUAUAUCUUUGGAAUAGAAAGGAUUUUCAUUUUGAGGAUGAACUUGAUCUUUUUUUAGUGUUGGAUUCAUUUUGAUAGGAUAAUGUUGCAAAACAUAUCAAUGUAUAAUCACCUUAAAGAGAUGCCGAGGACCGGGGUUCGAUUCCCCACAUGGGUACAAUGUGUGAAGCCCAUUUCGGGUGUCCCCCACCGUGAUAAUGCUGGAAUAUUGCUAACAGUGGCGUAAAACUCAGUCAGUCACUCCAAGAGAUGGACAUGAAUACGAAAUGUGGAGCCCAUUUUUAUGUUCCCUGCCCUGAUGUUGCUGGAAUAUUGAUGAAAAAGGCAUAAAAUCAUUCCUAAUCACUCAGUCAGUGUAAUGGGUAAUCCCAACAUGAAAUAGUGGGAACAGGCCUGUCAAACUUCAAGUAGUGUAUGAAAUUGGAUAAUUGGUUUUGGCUCAGAAUCAGAGUUGAAUUAAAUAUAUUUGCAGUUUUUGUAUAACCACAGUUUUCAUGCUUCACAAAUCAAAUAUGUAAAAAUUAGAGUUUGGAAAUUUUGGAAAAAAAGGUGAUGAAUGUUAUGUCAGUCAACAGUGCAGAGAAGACUUUCGGCAUGGAUUGAUAUUUCAUGAAUUUGAUUAUGUCAGACCAAACUGAAGUGGUUUCUAAUGGUGCUUGCUCUGAACAGAAGGUAAUAUUGAUAACAUUUUUGUAUGCAGUCGUUUUACUUGCACAGAGCAGCACCAUGUUUAAUAGUGGAUCAUGUUUAGUAGUAAUGGACCAGAGGUAUUUGACCAACAGCAUACUCUGAUGUCACCAGAUUUAUGUAUUGAUAUGCAGUAUUCUCAAUAUGAAACUCACCAUUUUAUCGUCUUUCAAAAAGAAUGCUUAAAUGUGUUUGGAUAAUUGAGAAAAUGAAAGCUUAUUAUUUUUUCUGUGUCACAUUUUGAUGUCAAAUAUUCAUGUUUAUUGAAGAUAGGAAUAUGUGCAAAGACAGAAACAUAUUGUCUCAGAUAUUGACUGAUCGUCAUCUAAAAUGUCCUGAAGAUAUUAUUUUAUAUUUUGGUGAUGGUAUAGAAGAAUGUCUUUUCAAGGUUUGCUGAAACCAUGAAUAUUGUCAUUUUGACAUUUCUUUCUACAAAGUUACCUACUGUGUGAAUAAUUUGGUUAAUAUAUGAAACAGUAUACACGUAUUGAUACAGAAGCCUUUAAUGUAGGGCUGGGACGGGUCCAAAUUUUCUAACUGGGUACCCCAUUCCCUAUUACCCUACCCUACCCGGAUACCCGUUAUCUUAAUUCCUGACAUCAAAUUUGUAAGAAAUGGAAAUAUAUUCCUCAAGUUUUUCAAUAUUGUAACCAUGUAUUAUAUUCAAAAGAAUUGACGGUAAUUAUGUCUACAUUGUAUAUCUUCAAAGACAAUAAGGCCUUUUAAUUUAUUACAAUAUAACAUAUUACAUUGUUUAAUCUAUUGAUCACAUGAUCAUAACGGGUCCGGGUAUUGAGAUGGGUACCCGUGUCUAUCUCAUUACCCGCCCAUCCCGGGUAUCCCGUCCCAGCCCUACUUUCAUGAAGUAUGAUGAUGGUGAGUUUCAUAUGGGAGAGUUGGUGACACUCCGUUGAUGUGCCCACAGAUUCCUGUUUUCAAUUUGGUCAGGUUUUAAUUUGUUAGAUCAUUCUUUUUUUCUUCAACUGUUUAUUCACAAACAUAUCAGUUCAUGUAGUAAUAGUAUCUCUGAGCUUCAAAUGGUUAGUUAGAGCGGACAUAUUAUGUAACACAAUAACUAGGUUUUUGCUUUGCUAAAUAUUUUCAUACAUUUUGUACAUAUGAAAAAGUAGCUCUAAAUUGUUUUCUUAGGCGUGUAAAUUUCAUAUGAAUGUAUUAAUUAGAAAUGGUAUUAAAUCUUGGUGUAUAUUUUGAAAUGUGAAUAUUUAGUAUAUAUGUACAUACUAGCUUGGUGAUGUAAUAUGACGAAAGAGCUAUUUUCAUUAUUUAGAAUGGGAUUUAGUUUAGACAAGUUCAAGCCAAUGCAUAUCCAGGAGAGGGAAAAUGGGAAGCUCUUUUCAGAAAUCUCCAAUUUUAUAACAAUGUAUUUGUGGGAGAACAUACAAAUGAUUUUGUGUCUUUUAAAGACAAAAUUGAUUUCAUCUGUUUGUGAAUGAAUAAAUGGCUGUUUUGUUUUUUAAGUUCAUAUUUUAUUGAGGUUGUGUGUUUGUAUUUGAAUGCUGGUUGUAUAUUCAUAUUAUGCUUUUAUCUGUCAUUGAUGAAGAUGAAG